AUGGCGGGGGUAAAGGAGUCGACGGUUCAAGUGGACGACGGCGCCAAGUUGCACGUCAAACUCCUGGGAGAGGACGAGUCGACCGACAAGUCGAAGCCGUUGCUCAUCGCCCUCCAUGGGGCACCAGGAAUAUACACUCAUGCCGAGCCCGAGGCCCGCUUUGGUCACCUCUCUUCUCUUUUCCGAGUGUUGGUGUACGAUGCCCGCGGAAGUGGCUUCUCCGACAUGACACCGCCUUACUCUCUUGAACGAUUGGGGAAAGACAUUGAAUACCUGAGGGAGUGGGCAUGUGAAGAGACCUUUGUGCUCAUCGGUCACUCGUACGGAGGCUUCGUGGCCCUCGACUACGCGGUCAACUACCCCGACCGGCUGCGUGGCUUGAUAUUGAUCAACACUUGGGCGUCGGGGACGUUGGGGGCGAUGACGGCCUUGUCCUACGUCCUGACGUCGCAGAGGUCCAAAGUGGACAGGGCACGCCAAGUCCGGUUUUGGUCGGGCACCACCCUCAGUGACCAAGACUGCAAGGAGGCCAUCAGGGAGAUGCUCCCGAUGGACGCUCCUCCAGAGGAAGGCUCAGAUGCCGUUCCCAGCAGCACCGGUGACCAUCAGUCGUCUUCGACGUCGGCCGAAUUCUGGGGACCACGGUCGAACUUUCGCUCCGUCACCCACAAUUGGGCUUUCGCUCAAAACUUGCCACGGUACGACGCUCCCACACUCGUCGCCGUCGGCCGUCACGAUCAUGUCGCCCCGCCGAGCUUUGCCGAAGAGAUUGCCGCCGGUAUCGUCGACGCGAGGCUGGAGAUUUUGGAGAAUUCGGCGCACAGCCCACACGCCGACGAACCUGAAAAGUUCCAUCAGAUUUUGCUGGAUUUCCUGAGAACCAGAAUUCUAUGA